AAACAACUCAACUCAUUUCCAGCCCUACACAUCUCCGGUCAGGUCCCAUUCCCUCCGUUCACGGUCACUCCCAUCACUCGCUGCCAUUAUUAUCGCACGUUGACUAUAAAAGCUUCCCCACUCGCCGGUCCAUGGCCUCACUAUCGCUCUCCUCCUCACCAACCUUCCUCCGCACCAGAAGCACGAUCUCGUCAUCGGUGCGAUCCCUCUGCGGACUGCCGAUUUCCAAGCUCUCAUUUCGGUCGCCCGAUCGAUCGCCCGCGGCAUUAGGUGUCGGAAAAGCGGAUUGUUCGAGGAGAUUUCAGCUCAGGCCGACCGAGGCGUUCUCACCGGCCGGAAUGGCUGCUGCUGCUGCUGCUGAGAAGAAGGUCGAGGUUUUCGACACGGAGGAGAAUAUCGCGGUUUCUCUCGCCAAAUACACCGCCGAUCUCUCCGAUAAGUUCUGUAAAGAGAGGGGUUCGUUCACGGUCGUCCUAUCCGGCGGUUCUCUCAUCAAUUCUCUCAGGAAAUUAUUGGAGCCGCCUUAUAAGGAUUCCAUAGACUGGUCGAAAUGGCAUGUGUUUUGGGUAGACGAGCGAGUUGUUCCCAAGAAUCACGAAGACAGUAAUUACAAGCUCGCUCUCGAUCUCUUCCUCUCUAAGGUGCCUAUUCCACCAGGCAAUGUUUACGCGAUCAACGAUGCAUUGUCUGCCGAGGGUGCAGCAGAUGACUACGAGGCCUGCCUCAAGCGUUUGGUGAGCUCAGGGGUGAUAGCCAAGUCGAAAGCUAGUGGGUUUCCGAAGCUCGAUCUCCAGCUUCUGGGAAUGGGUCCAGAUGGGCACAUAGCAUCUCUAUUCCCUGGCCAUCCGCUUUGCAAGGAGAGCAAGAAAUGGGUUACUCACAUCUUGGAUUCCCCCAAGCCACCUCCUCAGAGAAUCACCUUCACUUUCCCCGUGAUCAACUCGUCUGCCUACAUUGCGCUAGUCGUAUGUGGAAGUGACAAGGCUGAUGCUGUGCACAGAGCACUGGGCAGCGGUGGGAAUAACAAGGAGCCGCUGCCCUGUCAGCUAGCUUCGGCUGAAGGGGAGUUCAAAUGGUUUCUGGACAAAGCUGCUACCUCGAAGCUUUAG